GAGCGCGUUGACGAGACAUUAAGGACGUUUCAUGCGACCGUCCGCUGCCGUCUUAGCCUUUACUAGCCUCUGUGCACGCCCGAGUGGGCAUCGUAACGUAGAAAGUAGAAAAAGCUAAAGAGAAAGAAAGGGACGAGAUAUUUUGCUUGGCACGUUAAAAUUUCCUUCCUGACUGUGGCUCACUGAUAAGCACGCGAUUUAUCGCCCGCGUGAUACGGCCCGUGAUUAAAUAUUAUUACAGAUAAGCAAUGGUGGCCCAUACCGUACUCCUGGACUUCACGGUGUCCAGUAGCGUAAUCGCCGACAUGGAGAAGCGUUCGGGUCUGAAAUCGGCGAUUGCGAACGUACUGGCGGAACAUUUCGCCGGCCUCAAGCCACUGACAGAGUCUAACAUCGACGGCAGUUUGCUCGUUUUAUAUACCGGACCCCGGGGCAGUCUGAUCACUGUCAGAGGGUACACAGAGGGUCUGAUUACGUUAAACAUCGAGUAUUACAAGCAGGACGACCAGGAGGCGCUCUUAACUUUCGAGUUCGCCAAAGAAUUGGAAGCGGCGUUGCAGACAGCAGCAACCGCUACACGGUCGCACACGCUUACUCCAAUUAAACGCGGUGGACCCUUUGAGAGAUACUUUCCUACCGCCGACGAGCGACUGCUGGAAUAUGACAUCGACAAGCUCGUGUUCGAGGCCAGAUCACCGUAUCAGAAGGUACAAAUUGUGCACUCCAAAUCGCUGGGCAAUCUCCUGGUGCUCGACGAGCUGCAAAACAUGUCCGAGGCAGAUCUUAUAUAUACGGAAACGCUGAUGCAACGAGGCAAAGAGAAUUACGCCGGCAAGGAGAUUGUGAUACUCGGUGGUGGCGACGGCGGCCUAUUAUGGGAAUUGUUGAAAGAGAAGCCAAAGUUUGUCACGAUGCUAGAGAUCGAUGACAUCGUUAUGAAAGCCUGUAGUCAACAUAUGCGGAGCAUAUGUGGCGACUGCCUAGACAAGAGAAAGGGCGAUAAUUACGAAAUCAUUGUCGGUGAUUGUGUGAAAGCGUUAGCUCAUAUGAUCGAAGAAGGACGACAAUUUGAUUACGUUUUCGGCGAUCUGACGGACAUUCCUAUUAGCACAACGCCACAUGGCGAUGCCUGGGAUUUUAUUAGAUUAAUUCUCAACUCUUCCAUGAAGGUGUUGAAGUCUACCGGAAAGUAUAUGACGCAUGGAAACGGCGCGUCCUGUCCAGAAUCCUUGAAGAUGUAUGAGGAAGUCCUGUCGCAGUUGUGCAUGCCGGUCACAUUCACUAAAGAUCACGCCUUCGUCCCAUCUUUCUUCGAGGACUGGAUCUUCUAUCAAGUCUCACUGAAAUGAUGGAGCAGAGAAUAUUCGGGCAGAACCUGGAGGACCUUGACAAACCGGCCUCCUCACAGCCUGCUGCCUGUCUUAUGACCCAAGCUCUACUUCCUAGUUCUAGCCUUAUUAAUUAAUGAAAUUAGUUCCUGAGACGAAUCAAACUAUUAUUAAUUCAUUUCGCAACAUAUUAAUUAUUGAUUGUUUUUUCUCUUCAAAAAGAAUUUUUUUUAGUCGGCGUAACGACAGUGUUGGAAGAUGAAUCCAAAACACUAAAUAGCAAUAGAGAAAAGAAUAUAUAUCUUUUUAUAAUGUAUAAUAUUACAGAGAUAAAAUACCUUACUUCGAUUUAGUUUAUCUCUUUUAUCAUCUUCUGGAUGCACAGAGUUAGAAUUAGAUUUAAUUCGAAUUGAAUCUUACCUCUCGUCGAAAUAUAUUUUCCUAACAAAUUUUCGAGGCCAUCAUAUUUCAACUUUCGCCUAAGCUCUUAUCUAAUUGUCUUGGUAACAGAGAUAAAUUUACAUAGAUACCAUUAUUUUGAAGUGCAAUUUCAACAGCACUUUAAAAUACCUAAUAAUUUUACAUACAUAUAUAAUUUCUUCCAUUGCUGCCUCAAUAUCACAAAUAAGAAAUUGUCUUAUUUACAAAAAAAUCUCAUCGAAAUAUUCGAAUAC